AUGUCCCUGCACGGGAAACGGAAGGAGAUUUAUAAGUACGAGGCGCCAUGGACCGUCUAUGCGAUGAACUGGAGCGUGAGGCCGGACAAGAGGUUCCGCUUGGCGUUGGGGAGUUUUGUGGAGGAAUAUAACAAUAAGGUGCAGCUGGUAGGACUGGAUGAGGAGAGCUCUGAGUUCAUCUGCAGGAACACAUUCGAUCACCCGUAUCCCACGACCAAACUUAUGUGGAUCCCCGACACCAAAGGAGUUUAUCCGGAUCUGCUAGCGACUAGCGGGGACUACCUGCGCAUCUGGAGGGUCGGGGAGACCGAGACCCGUCUAGAGUGUCUGCUGAACAACAACAAGAACUCGGAUUUCUGUGCCCCCCUCACCUCUUUUGAUUGGAAUGAAGUCGAUCCCAACCUGCUGGGUACCUCGAGUAUUGACACGACCUGCACAAUCUGGGGUCUGGAGACGGGACAGGUCCUUGGGAGAGUUAAUCUGGUGUCGGGACAUGUGAAAACGCAGCUCAUUGCCCACGACAAAGAGGUGUAUGACAUCGCAUUCAGCCGUGCCGGAGGGGGUCGAGACAUGUUUGCUUCAGUGGGGGCCGACGGCUCCGUGCGAAUGUUUGACUUGCGGCACCUGGAGCACAGCACGAUCAUCUACGAGGACCCCCAGCAUCACCCACUACUUCGACUGUGUUGGAACAAGCAGGACCCCAACUAUCUGGCCACCAUGGCUAUGGAUGGAAUGGAAGUGGUCAUCUUGGAUGUACGAGUGCCCUGCACCCCAGUAGCCCGACUCAACAACCACCGGGCUUGUGUCAACGGCAUUGCAUGGGCCCCACAUUCAUCCUGCCACAUCUGUACUGCAGCGGACGAUCAUCAGGCCCUAAUCUGGGACAUUCAGCAGAUGCCAAGAGCCAUCGAGGACCCCAUAUUGGCCUACACAGCCGAGGGUGAAAUCAACAACGUGCAGUGGGCUAGUACCCAGCCUGACUGGAUUGCCAUUUGUUAUAACAACUGCCUGGAGAUCCUGCGAGUUUGACUUUAUUUAUUGCUUCUAGCCCACUCCUCCUCCUCCUGCCCCUUUACUACAGGAUCUUCCGCACCUCGAGCCCCUCACUUUUUAUACAUCCGGACUCAUUGGCUCUCCUUCCUCUCAUUGGUCUAAGCCAGAAGAUCCUUGUUAUAUUCCAGGAGCUCAUUGGCUCUCCUCUCUCAUUGAUCUAAGCCAGAAGAUCCUCAUUAUAUUCCAGGAUCUCAUUGGCUCUCCUUCCUCUCAUUGGUCUACGCCAGAAGAUCCUCAUUAUAUUCCAGGAUCUCAUUGGCUCUCCUUCCUCUCAUUGGUCUACGCCAGAAGAUCCUCAUUAUACUCCAGAAUCUCAUUGGCUCUCCUUCCUCUCAUUGGUCUACGCCAGAAGAUCCUCAUUAUACUCCAGAAUCUCAUUGGCUCUCCUUCCUCUCAUUGGUCUACGCCAGAAGAUCCUCAUUAUACUCCAGGAUCUCAUUGGCUCUCCUUCCUCUCAUUGGUCUACGCCAGAAGAUCCUCAUUAUACUCCAGGAGCUCAUUGGCUCUCCUUCCUCUCAUUGGUCUACACCAGAAGAUCCUCAUUAUACUCCAGGAGCUCAUUGGCUCUCACUACUAAACGUUAUUGUCCAGAUUAACUGAGUCCGUCUGUCUGUUUUUACAGUAUAUGAUGCAACUCUUUUACAUGAAGGAAUUAGUGCUGCUUAGUAAAUCAGCCCCUGCUUUCUAACCGACAUUAUAAAAAAUAAAAAAAAGUGGGCGGUUCCCUUCUCUGGUCACUUAGCUGUACUUUGCCCAGAGUUUAUUUCAGUUGUUUGAGGGGAUUGUGGGUGGGAUGGUGACUAUUGUCCUGUAAUAUGACGUGUUUAUUAUAGGGAUGCAUUGAAUCACCGAAUCCUUCAAAUCAUAUGAAUUUCCUUCACAAAACAAAGAAGUAAAAAACUUUCGUGCGCGCCUCUAUUUUCCUCCCCCUCACUGAUUUGCAUAUGCAAAUUAGGGUUCCGUAUACGGCCGAAUCUUUCACAAAGGAUUCAGGGGGUACCUGCCAAAUCCAAAAAAGUGGAUCCCUAGUUUAUUAUCCACAUAUAUGUGUGUAUUUGUAGUGCUGACAUGCUGUUUCUUUAUAUUGUCUGAUAUUAAAGGACAAUCAGGUUCCCUA